AUGUCAAGAGUUCAUAGUAAAGAAAAAGAAGACAAGAAACCAUUGGAAUGUUCCAUAUGCGGCAAGGUGAGGCGAAGUAAGCCCCCAUAUUUCGAAUUAGUUAUUGUCAGAAUGACUAGAGUGGAGUUUAAGCCGUGGUUUGAAUGUGAACUCUUACAGAAUUUCCCCAGGCUGUCUCACCUUCAACGUCACCAGCUGAUCCACAUUAAAGAACGUGAAUGGGAUGCCGUUUUUUGUGAACAGAGUUUUUGUUCAGAACCCCACUUGAUGCGCCAUAUUGGACGCUGCCAUGCGUCACAGUAUCGGGACGGAUUGCAGGAAAAGGUUGCUGCCAACAAAUGGAGAACUGAAGCCAAACCGAUAGAUGUGGAGGUGCCCAAAAAAUUCGACACAAACACUCCAUCUGUACAGCAAUGUAGCGAUCUUAUUCCACGAAUGCUCUGUGUCCGCUGCGGUUCAACGUUUGACAAUCGAACGGACCUCGAUCGCCAUGUU